AUGUGCACAAACCUGGUCACCAACUACAAGAAGCGUCUGACCUCUGUACUGUCCAAGAAGGGUUUAUCCAUCAAAUUUGAGAAGCUGACCACAGUGACCAACAUCUUGCUUCUGAACAUGGUGGUGUCCUCCCUGAUCUUCAUGAGCAGCCUUCCCUUCGAGGCACUCGACAACCAGCUCUCCGAAUGGAUCUUCGGGGAUGUCAUGUGCAGGAUUGUUGGUAGCGUCUACUAUCUGGGCUUCUACAGUUCAGUCCUCUUACUUACUCUUUUGACCUUUGACCGACACCUUGCAGUUGUGUAUUCCCUGAACGCGGCACGAGUGAGGAAUCAAAGAUAUGCCGUCAUCUCAUGUGCUGCAAUUUGGGUGAUCAGCAGCUUGGCGUGCAUCAGGCCGAUGAUUCUUUACAAAACUUUCAAAUAUAUGAACACAACUCUCUGUCAGCAGUUCCCUUUGGAUGUAGAUUCUCUUAAUAUGGAGAUGUUGAGAACAUCUGGAUUUUACAUCCAGCUUUUGCUUUUCUGGAUCUUUCCUCUGUCUGUUAUUAUCUAUUGCUACGUUAGGAUUGCUAUCUCCGUCAUUUCGUGGUGGUGCUGCUCCUACAGGGAGGAGGCGGGAUUCGCCCUCUCGUCCCGGGCGGAGAGAUUUUCUCCCCCCGCCAGUCAGAUCCGUGAGGACGGAGCACCACACCCGGCCGCUCUCGGCUGGGCAGCCCGCCCCCGUGAGUGCUGGCACGCCGGUUCCACGGGAUGGGCCGAAGAGGUGGAGGGCGCCGCGGGCACGGGAUCUCCGUGCCGGCACCUCUCCCUUCGUCUCACCGUUGCGCUACGCUCCCUCGUCUGCAGGAAGCCUGUAGAGGAGCGCGCUGCGGUGCUUGAGGACUGUUCUCUCUACUGA